AUGGAUGUGGUCACUAGAGGGAAAACUCGACCAAGUAUGGCCAAGGUGCAAGUUGAAGUGGACCUACUCAAACCAUUACUUAAUAGCGUUUGGGUAGGAGAUGAAGAUGAUGACUCCCCUUUGAAGGGAUUUGUGCAGAAACUAGAGUAUGAGAAUGUCCCCAAGUAUUACAAGCACUGCAAGAAAUUGGGGCAUGCACUGAUAAAUUGUAGAGUGCUGGAGCAUAUAAGGUUGAUGGAAGACAAGGAAGCAGAAGAAAGGGAAAAAGAAGUGGCCAAAGAAAAGGUAUUGGAAAAGGUGAAGCCGGUUAACGAAACAAAUGCUGAUAAAUCAAAAAUGGGUGAACAAUUAAAGCAAAACAAGGACAUAGGGAAGCACACCAAUAAGGAAGAUACAAUGGAAGCUAGCAAGGGGAAACAAACAAAACAAAAGAAGGACAUAGUGAAGCACACAGACAAGGAAGAUAUACUGGGAGGUAGUUAG